UUCAAAGCGCGGAUCAAAAUCUAGACAACAGUUUCGGUUCUCAAAUACCCGAAUCUGAAGAACCAAACCGAUUUCGAUCCGAAAAAGUAUUACCAAACCCAAACCGAAAUUGAUUAAAUAUCUGAAUUAUUCAAAAUUUUGGUUUUUUGAGAACCGAAACUGAAUCCGAUCCGAACCGAAGUAUUCCAACUACUUGAGUGUAACCAAAAUAGAUUUGUAUACUUAUAUAUAUUAAUCUAUACUAUUAAAGCAGAAUCUUUCUUAUGAAUCUGCCCCUGAAUUUUCCUAUUAAUUACAAAACAUUCCAUUACCUUUUCUUCCUUUUUAAAUACCAAUCGCAUGUCUUUUUCAACCAAUUAUUUUCAAGAAAAAUUUAAUAACUACUCCUCUUUAAAUGCAAAAAAAAUCGGGUAUGAAGAUAUUAAUAACUAUUCCUAACAAUAUAUUUGAUCAUUUAAUUAAGAUUUUGUCACACCAACAAUAUAUUUGGUCAUUUAAUUAAGAUUUUUUUUCAAAGCGCAAAGAUCUUCUUCGACACAUCAAAAACCAUUUCUAACAUGCAAAACCGAUCGGCCCACUUUUCAAACCUAUUCAAAAUAUUUUAAUUGUAAGCAUACAUAGCAAAUAAAUGACAUAACAAAUAAAUUCCAUAACAAAUAGUAUACAAUAAAACUAAUUUUAUAUUUUUGAACUCUUAAAAAUUAAUUGUUAUGUGUAUGAUCCAUUCAAAAAUUGAUUGCUAUGCGUAUCUAUUAUGUAUAUCUAACAUACAAUAUAUGAAUCUUUUCAAAAAUAAACAAUCAACACAAUUAUAGUUAGACUAGAUUAUUUGGUAUAAGAACACAAUCAUUUUAUUAACAAAUAUUUUUACAAUUUAAAAGAAAACAUAACCCGCGCUUUGAAAGCGCGGGUCAAAAUCUAGUUAAUAAUUAAACUAGAUAAUUCCCGUAGAUUUGUAAUCUCUAUCAACAAAAUAAAGACUACAUUAUUAAAAACAAACAUAAAUAUAAAAAAAAUCAAGACAUUGUAAUAUUAUAUAUUAAGCCCUAACCAAGUUAAUAUUGUCGUAGUGUUAAAUUUCCAACAUGGCAACUUCUCAAUGCACUUCUUGUGGCCGCAUUCUCCAGCAUUGCCAGUGUCGCCGGCAAGCAUCCACCACCGUAUCCAGCAGCGCAGAUAAUACGGCCGGCGAACUUACUCCAGCUUGUUGUUGUAGUUGCUACACCGGGUGGACUAUUGUUUUCUACCUUCUCUUUCUAAUGUUUUCAGGAAAACAAUUUAUGGGCAAAGCUGGUUGUUACUUGGAGCUAUUUGCCAGUUCCGUCACCGUCUCAAACGCAAACGCAAACGCAAACACAAACAUCUCAACCGCUGAUUGGAGAGUCGGUUUGGUUGCUAAGAGUCCGGUCACCCGCUGCAAAAUAUCUUUACAUACAAGCAAGUCUCGUCUCCUUCGUGGAGAUCACGAGGUUGUCUCCGGGUCAGCUCCGUGGCUGGAUGGCUUUGGACAGUUUUUUACCUCAUACAAUACGUAUGAGCCGGUCACAAGCGUCGAUUUCAAAGGGGUUGAAAUGCCGGGAGUUGUAGGGGACCUGGUUAAGGGUUAUAAGGUGGAGAUUGCCGUCGCAGUGAAGGCAGAUGGUGAACAUGUUUUCUUGAUUGUGUUGUGCGGAGAUUUACCGGUGAAAUUGACGGCUGAUCCGAAGGGGAAUGUGAUUGGAUCGUUGCUAGGAAAUAUGAAACGGUGUGAGUAUGUAGUCGGAGAUAACUUGAAUAUUCAUGUUUAGAUGUUAAACUCUUAAUCCUCGCGAUCAUGAAUCUUUGAUCUUUAUCUACACGUUAAUAGCUUUAUGUUUCUUUAAUUUUUUUAGAUUUAUUUGUGUGUAUAGUCGUACUUUUUUUUUAACAGUGUGUUUUUUUUUUGUCAACAGUGUGUUUAGUCGUGGCUUAUCAUUAUUUGGAGUGUUUUCACUAAAAUAUUUCUAGACAAAAAAAAAAUUGUAUACAAAAAUACAAGAAAAUUGACAGAAUCUUAACGGAAUAUAAGAACUCGUCUCUUAACUUUUAACUAAAAGACCGGAUAAGGCAUACGUUUACUACAGAUACAGAACACCUCCAAAUCUAUCAACAAUUAUAAAAUAAACAAAAUAAUUAAAAUUUAAUAUGGUAAAAUUUGUGUUGUAAACACUUGUAGAUCAAUUCUCAAAA